GCAGAAAGCAGGAACUCAUGAGCAACCAAACAGGCCUUCAUGCUAGAUUUGCAGGGUCGGCGAGAGGCGGCCGACAGUGGCAGAGGACAGCAAAAGAGAAAAAGAAAGAAAACCAAAAGAAAAAGAAGAAAUUAAGGCGGCUCUGUUUGGUAGCUUUGAUCUCUCAUUUCACACACACAGCAAAUAGAUAGAUAGAUAGAGAGAGAGAGAGUGAAGAUGGAAGAGAAGAGAAGUUGGCGGUGUAUGACGGUGGCACUGUUUCUACUCGUGGGGGCGGCGUGCAUCGGCGGAGAAGAUCCGUACAGGUUCUAUGCAUGGAAUGUAACUUACGGCGAUAUCUACCCUCUCGGUGUCAAACAGCAGGGGAUACUGAUAAACGGCCAGUUCCCCGGGCCGUCGAUUGAGUCGGUGACCAAUGACAAUCUGAUUAUCAACGUUUUCAACAGCUUGGACGAGCCUUUUCUCCUCUCCUGGAAUGGGGUGCAGCAGAGAAGAAACUCAUGGCAGGAUGGGGUUUAUGGCACCAACUGUCCCAUCCCACCAGGGAAGAACUUCACUUAUGUCCUUCAAGUCAAGGACCAGAUUGGCAGCUACUUCUACUUUCCCUCCCUUGCCUUCCACAAGGCUGCCGGUGGGUUCGGUGGCUUCAAAAUCGCCAGCCGCUCUGUGAUCCCGGUGCCUUUCAAUCCCCCUUCCGGAGAUUACACCAUACUGGCCGGUGACUGGUUCAAACAAAAUCACACAGAUUUAAAAGCCAUUUUGGACAGCGGACACAAUCUUCCUUUCCCUGAUGGCCUACUUAUCAAUGGCCGUGGAACAAAUGGAUACACAUUCACAGUUGAGCAAGGCAAGACUUACAGGUUCCGAAUAUCAAAUGUGGGGCUUACCACUUCAAUUAAUGUUAGAAUCCAGGGUCACAAGAUGUUGCUGGUUGAGGUGGAAGGCAUCCACACGCUGCAGAAUGUGUAUGAUUCAUUCGAUGUCCAUUUGGGGCAGUCCUGCUCUGUAUUGGUCACGGCUGAUCAACCCGCUCAGGACUACUAUAUCGUGGUCUCGACACGCUUCACCUCCCAAGUGCUCACAGCAACAUCCAUUCUUCAUUACAGUAACUCAGCAGCAAGUGUUUCUGGUCUGCCCCCUGGUGGACCAACAAUCGAAAUUGAUUGGUCAAUUAACCAAGCUCGAUCCAUUAGGCGAAAUUUAACGGCAAGUGGACCAAGGCCUAAUCCGCAAGGCUCGUAUCAUUAUGGAUUGAUCAACACUACCCGGACCAUCAGACUUACAAACUCUGCCCCGAUCAUCAAUGGCAAGCAGAGGUAUGCUGUCAACAGCAUAUCGUUCAUCCCACCUGACACGCCCCUUAAACUUGCUGAUUACUUCAAGAUUCAGGGGGUCUUCUCCCUUGGAAGCAUUUCAGACUCCCCAACUGGCAGUGGGGCUUACCUCCAGACAUCUGUCAUGGCUGCUGAUUUUCGAGCUUAUCUUGAGAUUGUGUUCGAGAAUCAAGAAGACACAGUGCAGUCUUGGCACAUCGAUGGCCACAAUUACUUUGUCGUAGGAAUGGAUGGAGGACAGUGGACACCAGACAGCAGAUCAAGUUACAAUCUAAGGGACACAAUUUCCCGUAGCACGGUUCAGGUAUACCCAAAGUCCUGGACUGCAGCAUAUAUACCGAUGGACAAUGUUGGAAUGUGGAAUGUAAGAUCGGAGAACUGGGCUCGACAAUAUCUAGGCCAGCAAUUCUAUCUCCGAGUUUAUUCCCCUGCUAAUUCAUGGAGAGACGAAUAUCCAAUCCCGAGCAAUGCUCUUCUCUGUGGUCGAGCAGUAGGUCAUAAAUCCCGGGCCCUGUAAAAUGCCAGAACCUGCAUAUUGUCUCGUAGACUGUUAGAAGUUCCCGGUAGAGGACACCGGCACUGCUCUUCUCGAGCAUCAGGUCAUUGUUUUCUUUUUUUACACAAUUUAUUUUCCACUACACCCUUACUCGACAUUCUUAGAUUGCAGAAAUUUCUUUGUCCUAUGAUUGAAGAAACUUUGUUCAUUGUCCUGUGACUCGCCAUUGGUUUGUCUGUUUCACUGUUUAGUUCGGCAUCUUAUCAAUCUCAUGAAUCUGUGCCUUUACCGAA